AUGGAGUUCAACUUCUCUCGGACCGAGUCGCUUGUUGACGCUAACGCAAGCGUGGAGGCGAGCAGGGACUUGCUCGAUUUACUUCAGACAGGGCCAGAUGAAGACGUAGAAGCACUGUCCCAGGCUUAUCACAAUCUUUCAGUCGCACUAAGCAGUAGACGCCAGCUGCCCGAGAACCAGAAACAGGCAAGAGACUUGGAUGAGGCCAUCACGAAAAGCAGUAAAGCAGUCUCCAUCGCAACUCGAUGUGGCAGUCCUGAGCUGUCGGAGUACCGGUCGCAGCUGGGCAGGCUUCUGAGAAUCCGGUCGGCAAACCAAAGAUCAGAAGAUUUGGCGCGUACAGACAUUCAGGGUGCGGUCUCCGUGUUGAACGACGCUGUCACAGCCGCGAGGACAGCUAAUCGCGGGUUAGACUCGGUGUGCAAUGCUUAUGGAUCGGCUCUUCAGGCCAGAUACGAACACCUCGGGGACCCAGAGGAUCUUAAACAGGCAAUCAGAGCCCACGAAGAGGCUGCAAAUCAUGCAACUGAUGGCGAUAUCAGGGGCGGAUGUCUCAGCAAUCUAGCAAAUGCAAGGCUGCGCCUCUUCGAACACAACGGAUCUGUUGAUGAUAUCGAACUGAACAACGCACUCGAGGAAAGCAAGGAGGCAGUCGAGCUCACUUCACAAACCUGCCACGACCGGCCCGGCAGGCUUGUAAAUCUCUCAAAUGCCCUGCAGAUGAAAUUUGAGCAUGGUGGCAAGGAUCGCGACCAUUAUCUGUUCAGUGCUGUGGAGAAAAGUAGAGAUGCAGUAAGUGCGGCGAGAGCUAUCCGCCCAGAUCGGCUUGACCAUGGAGAGUGCCUUGGGAGUCUGGGCUUGACCCUGACUCGACUAUUCGAGCGAACGCACUCAGAGCAACACCUGAGCGAUGCCAUAAAGUCCCUGAGAAAGGCGGUAGGGAUCCUAUCAAAGAUAGGAGAGAACACGAGCAAAUAUGAGUAUUCGCUAGCCUGCUGUCUGAAGAUGAGGGGCACAUGUCAAGACUUGGACGAUGCAAUCAAAGCUCUAGAAAAGGCGAUCGAACAGACACCAAUGGGCCACAAAGACCAACUAGCCUAUCUCACCGUCAAGGCCAAUGUCUACGGUGCCAAAUAUUCCAUUGAAAACGUAUUUGACGAUCUAGAUGAGAUGGUCCGUCUCAGCCAGCUCGUCGUCGACCAAAGCAAGACACAAGACAUUGCCCAAUUCCGCGGAGCUUAUCAGACAAAUCUCGCCGUCGCACUCGCAAAGCGCCACCGAGCAAAAUCAGACUCCAAAAGCAGCGAAAAAGAAGAAGAAGAAGAAGAAGAAGCUUUCAGUGACCUGGAUUUCGCCAUUCAAGUGCAAGAAGCGGCUCUUUCGACUGAAUUCGCGGCAGAAGACCACCCGAUGCGAGCAACGUGCCUUCACAAUCUCGGUAUGUUCCUCGCAGACCGAUAUGCAGCCUCGGGGGAGAAAAGGCGUGAGGACCGCAUCCGGGCUAUUGAGGUGCACAUAGAAGCUCUCAAUAUCGAAUCAGCCGACCCAUCCCAGCGGAUCAAGUCCGGCAGACGAGCAAUGCAUCUCAUCCGGUUCGGCAACCCCAAACUCUCAGCUAAGGUAAUGCAGUUGGCCGUGGAGCUGCUCCCGCUUGUCAGCCCCGCAGCUCUGGACUGGGACGACCAGCAGCGUCAGUUGAAAGACUAUGCGGGCCUCGCAAGCCGAGCGGCCGUCAUGGCACUAGAAGCUAAGUGGCCUGACUACAACGCCCUUCGCUUGUUGGAGAUCGGAAGGGGGGUCAUGAUAACUCUGCAGCUGGGCCUGAGGGCUGAUCUCGAGAGCGUUGAAAAAGCCGACAAAAAUCUCGCCGCGAGGUUCAAGAAACUCAGGAACGAGCUUAACGCAGCCCCAACUAGCCUACUCCAAUCCAUUCCCAGCUGGCAGGGGAAAGAGCGUGCAAUCGAGAACAGAGAAAAUAGACAUGAAAUUUGGCAAGAGCUGCAAAAAGUGGAGUGUCUGAUUCGUGAGCACGACGAGCUCAGGAGCUUCAACGACGCCCUUCCCGAAGAGGAGAUGGCGAAACUCCAAAGCCAUGAGCACAUCGUCGUGUUUAACGUCGAUAAAAUCAGGAGCGAUGCUUUCCUCGUGACUCGUGGCUCCAUCCGAGCAAUUCUUCUUCCGAAUCUCAAGUUGACAGACAUAGAGAAAUAUGCGAAGAUGAUCAGGGAUCUCACUAAAGGCACAGGACGGCCGUUUGUCGUUGCCGGGGAAGCCAAUCAAUCACAAUCGUCCAAAAUUGAAGAGAUAACUAUCGAGAGGAUAUUGAAAUGGCUAUGGGACACCGCCGUCCAGAAGAUCUUAGCAGAGCUUGGCAUCAUAAAACCUCUGAGUCCAAUAGGGGAAGAGCCAUUCGCUGGGGCGAAAGAGCAACCACAGAGGAUAUGGUGGGUGACCAGCGGCUGGCUCAGCAUGCUCCCCAUCCACGCGGCAGGCGAUUACUCAUCGCCUGGCUCAACAACAAACGCCCUCGACAUGGUUAUAUCGUCGUAUGCCCCAACUUUGAAAUCCCGCAAACAUGCUGUCGAAAAGGCGGAGAAACUCUCUGCAGAUCCAAUAACUCAAGCCCUUCUAGUCUCCGCGAAGGGCGCUUCUGGACUAAAACCCCUUCUUGGAGCCGAGAUUGAGGUCGACAGACUGGAGAAGAAGCUCGGUUCCCUGUCCAUAAACUGCCUCCUUCCUCCCGCCCCGACAAAGUCAGAAACCAUCUUGGCGCUCCAGCAGUGUCAGCUCUGCCAUUUCGCCUGCCAUGGCUAUUCGCAUCCAUCCAACCCAUCCAGCAGCUUGCUGGCGGUAUCGGAUCAGGCCCGGCUGCCGAUGAGGGAGGUGGCUGCGCUCAACCUCAGCUCAGCGCGCCUUGCCUAUCUGUCUGCUUGCUUUGUCGCCGACAACCGCGCCGAGGACCUCUUGGACGAGAGCCUGCACCUUGCAGCUGCGUUCUUGCUUGCCGGAUUCCCAUUUGUUGUCGGGACCUUGUGGCGUAUCCAAGAUCUAAAAUCUGCGAUGGUGGCCGAUAAAUUUUAUAGCGCCAUUGUAAACGCGGGUGCAACGGCAGGCCUGGAUAUUGGAAGGAGUGCAGCGGCGUUGAAUAGAGCGACGCGUAUUCUCAGGAAGGAACUUGGCGGUGGUGCUGAUAAGGCUUCUAUCUGGGCUCCCUAUAUUCAUCUUGGGGCGUGA